AUGUUGCAAAUAUUUAGUCAAAUAAUAUUUAUGGUCGCAAUAGGAUUGAUGGUGCAGUCUAGUGCCUGUCCUCAACCAUGCAUUUGUAAAUGGAAAGGCGGCAAACAAACAUCAGAGUGUGGCGCUCAUAAUUUAACAGCAAUACCUGAUGGUAUAGACACAAGUACACAGGUGCUGAAUUUCUCGCAUAAUUCUCUUAGCGUUCUACAAAGCGAGCGAUUCCUAAAAAUGGACCUCAUAAAUUUACAAAAAAUUCAUCUUGCCAAUAAUGAAAUUAUACGUAUUAAUGAUCGUGCAUUUCGUGGAUUGUCAAAUCUUGUCGAGCUUGAUCUGUCUGAUAAUUCUUUGCCAUCUGUUCCAACUGAAACAUUCCAAGAUUAUUCGUCAUUAAUGCGUUUAUCGUUAAGUGGAAAUUCAAUACGUGAAUUAAAAGCAUCGGCUUUUAAAUAUUUAUCGUACCUUACGACAUUAGAAUUAAGUAAUAAUCAAAUUAGUGUUAUUGAAGAUGAGGCAUUUAUAGGAAUGGAUAACUUAGAAUGGCUCAAGCUAGAUGGAAAUCGUAUUCGAAAUAUACGAGGAGAUCGUAUUUUACCAGAAUCACUCAAUGGAAUUAGUUUACAUGGUAAUCGAUGGAUGUGUGAUUGUAGAUUAAUUGAUAUAUAUAAAUGGCUUACAACUAAAGGUAUCUCACAACAGGAGGAGCCGAAAUGCUUUGAACCACAAAAAUUACAAGGGCAUGCAAUCAAAUCAUUGCAACUUGAAGAGCUUGCAUGUUUACCUGAACUAACACCAACGACGUUUUAUCUUGAAAUUGCAGAAGGUAAAAAUAUCUCACUGGAAUGUAAAAUUACUGCAAUCCCAGAAGCUGUAAUUUCGUGGUGGUUUCAAGGUCAAAUUCUUCAAAAUGAUACUGUCAUUGCGCCAAAUCUACAUUUGUACUAUUUUAUAGAAGAAAAUGUUAGCGAUGAUUUAAAACGUAGUGAAUUAUUCAUAUACAAUGCAAAUGCAGACGAUAAUGGCACAUUUGCAUGCAUUGCAGAGAAUUCAGCUGGACGUUCACAAGCCAAUUUUACAAUUCGUGUUAUAGUUAAAGAAGAGCCUAUAGUAGAAGAAGUUUCAUUUCCAAAUGAAUUAUUUUUUCUCAUCAUCGGUACAUCUGGACUAUUGUCACUCCUCAUCUCAUUGUGUUGCUGUAUAAUAAUUUGUAAAUGCAAAUCCAAACGUCAAAGUAGUAGAAGUAGUAGUAGUAGUAGUAGUGGUGGUAAUGGAAGGAAGAAAAAGAAGAAACAUGGCAAAGAAGUCUCAUUUCAAAUGCCAAACUCACAAAAAUGUGUCGCCAUUGCAAAUGACAUAAACAAUUCACUUGUUUGUUCGAAAAUAAAUGGUAAUUUAACAAUAACUGAUAAUAAUCAGCAAGAUAUGUUGCUAUACAUUAAUAACAAUACGCAAAAUGCCAGUAUGAAUGACAUGUCAGUACCGGCACAAUGCGGACCGCAAGAUAGAAAUCCUGAUUUGAUAAAUGAUGCUGAGAGUUUGAGACAACGUAAUGAGGGUGACAUAAAGCGAAAUGAUGAUGAAAUGAAGACAGAAAGCAGUAGAAAUCAAGCGUUAGAUAAUAAUAAAGCGAAUCGUUGUGAUAGUAAUUUUUCACUUGUUCCAAUUUUACGUCCGAUUCCGCAGGCAAGAUUUACUGCAAUGGCUACACUUCCCCGUGGAGCUGCAAUUGAUAAUAUGAAUCGUCGUGAUAUGUAUCAAGUUGACGUUCAUCUUAAUCCUGGAUGCUACAUUGAUAAUGGUGGUUAUGCCGUCGAUUAUAAUAUGACACCAUUAUCAAUUAAUACAAAUCCAUCUCAAAUGGUAGUAAAUUGUAAAACUCUGCCGCACAAUCGAGGGGGUGUGAAACUCAAUAAGUCCGUUAUACGUUUCUCAAAUGAAGCCGAAUUUAUAACCAGAACAUCACAAACAUUUCAAGCUUAUGAUGAUAUGGAAGCUCGAUAUAAUCCUGAUAGCUAUCCAUGCGUAGACACAAAAUUGAUGGAAGUUCAAAAUUUUCCAUCACCACCGGAGGGUUAUAAAACUGAUAAUGCUUCGUCGCUCCCAACAGUUGCUAUGCUGAACUUAAACAAAAAUUUCUGUACGAACUCGUUAACACUGCAACAACAGCAACAACAAAAGCAACCUGCGCUUCCUAAGUGGCCUUCGUGUUUGCCUGGUUAUCAUCCGCAGCUUGUGACAAUUGAGACUCAACAAAAUGUCCGUUACCAAAUGUCACCACUUCAAUCGCCAACAAUAACACAAAAUCCCCUUACAGUCACGAAAAAAUGUGUGGGUGCUCAAACAACUAGUGUGAUACAUGAACAAGACGAGGAAAAUGAGAACGAAGAAUGUGACGACAGUAGCGAUAACAGUAAUAUUAAAUGUCGACAAUUAAAAGGUCCACUUGCUGAUAGCCCCGAUGAAGGUUAUGCAGAUGAUAGCCAAGAAAGCUCCGAUAUAUGACAGCAAAGUUAUAACAAAACACUCGAAGCUAUUUUGCAAACGGAAGAUGUUGUAGUACUUUAAAAGCAUUCAAACCUUUCCCUUUUCAUUAUCUUGGUCCUCUUAUUUCCUUAUUACAAUGUAUUACAUAAGACGAGAAGAAUAUUGCACAGAAGAAUUAAAAUUGAAUUUCUCUUUUCGUUACAUUACUUGCUAUUUCCAGGGUUGCAAAAACAUAUUAUGUUUUAAAGAAUAUGCGCAUGUAUGUGACACAUGAAAUUCUGUCGUACAUUUUUACAUUUUCACAUAUAUUUUUCUGCGAUAUGUCAAACAUAUUUAUGUGUCACAUAUUUUUCCUGUGACAUGGUAUGUUUUUCAAACAUAAAAUUUUCAAUCUUAGACCGAAAAAUCAAAAACAUGUUAAAAAUUAAGAGAAAAAUAUUUUAUGAUUGAAAAACAUUCAAUGUGACAGGAAAAAUAUAUGAUACAUAAAUAUGUUUGCCAGGAAAUAUGUUUGACAUAUCGCAGAAAAAUAUGUGUGAACAUGUAAUAGUGCAAUAGAAUUUCAUGUGUCGCAGGAAAUAUUUUUUGACAUGACAUCAUAUUGCUACCCUGGCUGUUUCAUCCUUAUUUUUUAUAACAAAAAAAAAGUUUCAAAAGCAGAAAGCUUUCG